GUAAAUGUGGUCCUGCCCCAUGUCUUCCCUGUCCACAUGUAUAAAUACCGCCUUUAGACCUGAAGAAGAAUAUUUUAUUUAGAAGAGCCUCCUGAAGUGCACAUCUGCGUAUUGAGGAUAAACACCAAGUCCAGCCAUGCUGCAGACAUUGCUGAUUUGGGCCGUGUUUGCCGCAAGUCUCUUUCCUCCAUCCAGCCAGCGCUGCUUCAAGGCCAGUGAGUCUCAGUGUCAAGAUGUGGACUUCGCUCCAGGAUCUGACCUGGCAGGAGAAGGCUUUGACAUCACCACCAUGCAACGGAAAGGAGCCUUCGUCCUCGACAUGAGCACUUGGCUCAAUAAGGACAAGUCCUGCACUCUGUGUAAAAACCCCUUCAUGAAAGGUCAAACUCAGAAGCUCCCGGUUUCUGUGGUGGACUGGAGACCAAGUCAGAAGUGCAACAUGAAGUUGUCCAGCUCCGUCUACCAGUCCAGCGAGGCCCUGGUCAGCUCUACCACCUCCUCUAUUGAGAACAGCUGGAAGUCAGAAUUGAAUGUAGUCAUUCCAAAAGUCCAGGGAUCACUGAUGCUGGCAGGCAGUCACUCCAAGCUGGCUGAAUAUUCAAUGGAUAAAUCCAAGAAAGACAAGUUCAGCUUUGCCAGUCAUGCUGUUUCAUGUGGAUAUUACAGAUUUGGGAUUUCGAGCACACCACUUUUACAUCCAGGGCUCAUCAAACUUUUUGAAAGUCUCCCCAAUAAAUAUGAUGAGUCUUCAAAACAUCUCUAUUACAAGCUGAUUGACAAAUUUGGUACUCAUUAUACCACAAAGGUGACUCUGGGAGGAGAGGUUCGCUCUGUGACCAGCAUCAAGGAGUGUGAGGCGUCUCUGCAGGGUCUGAGUGUGGACGAGGUGAAGAUGUGUCUUGACAUGGAGGCUUCUGUCAGCAAGGGACCGGCUGCAAACCUGAUGCCUGAACUUCACCACUGCAAGAAGGACAAGGAAAGGAAUCUGAACAAAAAGAGCUUUGCUAGCAGCUUCAAUGACAGGGAUACAAAUGUGAUUGGUGGCUACACUCAAAGUGGCGACCUCCUUUUUUCAUCAAAUACCGACCCGAAGGCCUAUAAGGAGUGGGUGACAUCUCUUCCGGCUCACCCUGAUGUGAUUUCCUACUCGCUCGAGUCCAUUCACAAUUUGCUGAAGACAGGGAAACAAACACAUUUGCGUAAUGCCAUCAAGGACUACAUCCUCCAGAGGGGCCUGCUGAAAAACUGCACAAGUCCAUGUAAGACUGGUAUGAAGACCAACUCUGCCAAGCCAUGCAGAUGCGUCUGCAAAAACCCGCUGUUGUCCACAGACUGCUGUCCCACUCAGAAAGGAUUUGCUGAAGUCACAGUUACUGUGAUUAAAGCCACGGGUUUAUACGGAGAUUACUGGGAUGGGACGGACGGAUACGUCAAACUCUUCCUUAACGGUGUAUUCAAAGAUCAGACAAACACGAUCAUGAAUAACAACAAUCCCUACUGGAACAGGAAUUUCAACCUCGGACCCAUGGACCUUACUAUGUCCCACAGUGUGAAGCUGGAGGUGUAUGACCUGGACCACGGCUGGGAUGACGACCUACUCGGGGCAUGCACUGCUGAGUUGAAAUCUGGCGUGAACAAGGUCUGUGCGCUCAAUCAUGGAUUGCUGUAUUAUAAAGUGCAGGUGACGUGCGUUCCCGGUUUGACCGGUCCUUCGUGCUCGAAGUACAAGCCCUCUCCCAUGGAUGCACAGCUGGAGAAAGUCUACGUCUCCCGCAACGCUCGCCCCAUUCCCACAGAAAUGCUGCUGGAGAUGGGAGUGCUCCUCGAUGAACGUAUUCCGCACUUCAACCAGAACAACAUUCGCAAAAAUAAAGGCUUUGAGUUGUAGACCAAUUCAGUUCUUUGUGCACGCUUUCACAAAAUCUCAUGCCAUUAUUAUUAUGCUUAGAGUCAAGAAGUAGAAUAAAUGCACAUAAUAAUAGCACAUUAUUGCUAAACCUUUCCUGAUCACUUGUCCUGCCAUUGCCUUUGUAAAGCUUAAUAAAAGCAUCAUGAAACCCUUUUCUCUGAUUUUGGGA